AUGAGUUAUCAAUUGCAACGAACUUAUGGAAUUGACUCGACAUACUGGUAUACUCCUGAAAAUGCAAUGCCACCGAUGGUGGGCCAGCUGUUCAUGAAAUCAGAUCCAGAUGAAGUUACGCAGGCCUUUUUGGAUCAAUCGGCGAGCAUUUCGGGUAAUUACUUUUGGCAGACCAUUCGCAAUGUCAGCGUUAUGGUACUGGGACUGAUUUAUACUAAAACGGAUAUCAAUGGUUUCACAGGAUUCGGAAAUAUGUUCCUGUUUAGCGAAAAUCAAAUGGCUAAAUUCUUGGGUAUCGAUCGUCAAACAUGGAGUAGCAAUGGAAAAAAGAUUCUCGAUCUAGGAGCUGGCAAUGGAGAUAUCACGGCACAUUUGAAACCGCUUUUUGAUACGGUGUACGCUACAGAGCUGUCAAAGUCUAUGCGCCGUCGAUUGACAUCAAAAGGAUAUAAACUGCUUAACGCUGUUGACUGGGCAACUACCGACGAGAAAUUUGAUUUGAUCACGGCUUUUAAUCUCCUGGACAGACAUUAUUCUCCACGCAAACUACUUCGGGAUUUGUGGAAGAAGUCUCACGAAUCGAACUGCUACGUUGUUUUGUCGUUGGUCCUUCCUAUCAGCCAUUAUGUUGAAUUCAAUCCAAUUGGAACUGGUACCUGGCCAGAUGCAUUCCUCAAUGUUCGUGGGCGCACUUAUACCGAGCACUUGGAAACAUUGAUUGUUAAUGAAAUCAUCCCUGCCAAUUUUGAAGUUAUACGUUGGACUCGCUUACCCUAUCUUUGCGAAGGCGAUAUGCACAAUUCCGCUUACUAUCUCUCCGACGCGGUUUUCCUUCUCAAACCACUUCCGUCAAAGGAAACUAUCACUCCACCUUCAGACGGCAUGAAUAGAGAACAGUAUGCAAACACUCACCAAGAAUUGUAA